AUGAGAAAAAACUAAACCACAUUAAAAACCAGACCUACUCGAGCCAUCUCACAAGUAGUUAUAUUGUCAUUCUCUUAGGCCAAAGAUCCAAAAGAAUCUUAAUUUCCCAUUAUUGAAUAGAAACAAAAUAAACCUUCUUCCGUCAUGAGAAGUUCAAAAAAAUCAUUAGACUUUAAUCGUCUCAUUAAAAAUCCAAAAUUAAAUGAUAGCAAGUUGGAGGAGGCUUUGGAAGCAGAUUUGGGUUUAAAAAGAAUGGAAUUGAAAGAUGUCAAGCCUUAAAAGAAUUCCCCUCAAAAAGCUAAUUUACAAUUGUCAUCAGAAAGUAGUUAUGCUGAAGGUGAAUAGAGAGCAUCCACUCCACCAAGAAAAAAUCGCAAGGAAGGACAAGAAUUUAAUGUCAGGUCAGAAUGUAAUAAGAUCAUUUAACUUAAGCUUUCGCAACCUUAGAACCUAUGCAUCAUGCUGAGGAAACAUUAGCAGAAAAUCUUAGAAUCUUCAUUAAAAUUUAUGAAAUCAUGUAUUCCCUCUUAAAUUCAAUGAAAAAAGUAAGAGUUUGAAACUAAUAAAGUAAGAAUACUACUCUAGAACUAAUAAAUUAAAUCAAUUAAUACAUGGAAUUGACUGAAGAUACUGGAUUUUAAUAUCUGGAAGAAUUACUACAAGAACAUGUCAAGUAAAUUAGAUAAAUAUUGCUAAUCUUACGAGUUGGAGUAAAUCUAUUUAUAUUUUAGAUUGUCGUUUUGGUGAAUUGUUUUUUUGAUCUACAUUUCUAUUUAAGUAGUAUUAGUAAUAUUAAGAGUAUAUUACUCUACAAUAUCUAAAAUUUAAGUCACCUCUCUGAUAUUUUAUUAGAAAAACUGAAAGAUAAGCCUGAAUACACUCUUUAUUUGUAGUUGUAUUCAUAAUUAUAAUUUAACAUAAACAAGAAAAACAAUAUUUCUAAAAAGCAUGAAUACUGGACGUACAUCAAAUAAAAUAUAGAAUUAUUAUAAAAUCUUUAUAAAUCACUAACCAAAGGCUAGAGAGACCUCUAUUAAUUUUUAAUAAUCUUCCUAAGGAGUAUAUAAAAUUAUACAAUAAAGGAAUCAUUAAGAAAUCUACAAGAAUUCAUUUCAUUUUACUUCACAAUCUAACAAAGCUAUUAGGGCUUAUUGGGAAUACCAUUGAUUUGUGUGGCUCCCUAGCCCUACCUUCCUUAUGCAAAUCCAAAAACAUAUACUCUGGUUUUAGAUAUGGAUGAAACUUUAAUACAUUUUACUGAUUAGACAGGACACUUUUUAAUUCGUCCUUUUACUCAUCAAUUCUUACAAGAAAUGAACUAAUUUUAUGAGUUAGUUGUAUUCACAGCCGGUUUGCCUGAUUAUGCAAAUUGGGUUUUAGAUCAGGUUGAUAGAAACAAAAACAUAUCAUAUCGGUUAUUUAGAUAGCAUGCUUUGCAAUAUUCUAAUUAAUUUAUAAAAGAUCUUUCCAGAUUGGGAAGAGAUCUUUCAAAAUGCAUAAUUGUUGAUAAUGUUCCUGACAAUUUUCAAAAUCAACCAGAAAAUGGAAUAUUUAUAAAGACAUGGUACAGUGAUUAAAACGAUACUGCAUUGGCUGAAUUAGGUCCAAUUUUGAAAUCGAUUGUUAUGAAAAAAGCUGAAGAUGUUCGUUUGGCCUUGAAGGAAGUACGAAAAAUGUUGACUUAAAGUAUUUAACUACCUCCAUUGUAGGGGUGA